UGAGUCUUUCGGCAAAGUAACACGCUGAUCAUCAUCAUUCGGUGCUAAACUGUCAAGAGUUUCGGAACUGUCUUUAAAAUAUUUUAAGAAUAUCCUUUAUUAUAAAAGUAUUCUAUAAAUACUGAUAAGUUUAAGUGUCGGAAGUGUGUUAUAUAGAUAGUUUUGACAGUUUUUAUCUAUUGACAAAAACUAAUAUAGACUGAAAAACAAGUUCUGCAGUGCGAAUUGUGAAACAUUUGUGGAUUACUUGUACUAAAUAUUAUACAAAAAAUUGUAAAUCAAAACUUUGCAGACCUUUGGAAUCAUGAUGCACAACGUUCGAGAAAUAAGUAGACAAAUGCAAAUGGCGAGUAUUGCAAGGAUUCAACAGAUUUUCGCUGGGGACGUUACCAAUCAAUUUAAAAAUGCAGUUAGAAGAAAUGAUGAAGCUCGUAUUAAUGAAUUAAUAACGCAAAAAACUUCUCUUGUGAGAGACAAAUUUAGCAACGAUACAUUUUUGCAUAUUGUUGCUAAGGAUGGAACACCAGAGGCUGCGAUUCGAUUAUUGCAACUGGGAUCAGAUGUUCACGCCAGGAACUUAGAGGGAAAAACUCCAAUUUUUUAUGCUUUAAAACAUUCUGCUCCAAUGAUUAGGGCUUUUUUAAAUAAUGCAGAAAUAAUUCAAAAAAAUAAUUAUACUUUACUUUUGGAUGCUUUAGUAAUUGGUUCGGAAGAAAUUGUAGGAGUUAUAUUAAAUAAAUGUCUUAUUAAAAUCGCGGAAUAUUCGUUACAAAAUGUAAUUUCACCCACAAGAUUACAAUCAGAUUUUUGCGAGUUUCAAAAUACCGAAGAUCUAAUAAAUUCUAUUUUGCGCAAUAGGUUCCAAUUAUUUCUAGAAGAACAAGAUUAUGUGCCUUUCAUUUUCUUUGUUGCGAAAAUUGGAAGAACCGAUAUUUUACAAUUAAUUCUAAACGAGUGCAGGGUCGUAUUGAAUGCUAAAGGAAAAAAUAAAGUAACACCUCUUCAUUUAGCAGUAAUUGCUCAACUUCCGGAAGUUGUGCUCUUUCUUUUAGAAAACGGCGCAAACCCAAACUGCCAGAUUCAAAAACAAAUAACACCACUUCACAUUGCAGCGUUUUUACAAAACGAAGAAAUUUGUGAGCUUCUCUUGAAUUUCAGAGCCGAUUGUAAUAUAGGGUCGUUUGAUAUCGGAUAUCCAUUGCAUCUAGUUUGUGGAUCAAAUUAUGGACAGGUUCUCAAAAAACGGCUUAAUCAAACUUUUCUUAAUAUGUUCGACAGUUGUAAAACAUUCGACGAAAAAACUAUCAAUCGUACAAUAAUGAAACUCUUACUAGAAAACGGAGCUAAUCCGGAAUUUCAGAGUCGUUAUCUAGAAUUACCCUUAUUAUACGCUUGUCGUUGUGAUCGUUUGGAAGAAGUAAAACUUCUUCUUGAAUUUGGUGCAAAUGUUCGAGCUGUGGAUAGUCAAGGAAAUUCGGCUUUACAUCAUGCAUGCAUUGGAAAUGCCUUUGAAAUUGUUAGAAUGUUAUUAGAACAGGGUGUCGAUAUUGAAACAAAAAAUCAACGCAAUCAUACUCCAUUUGUAUUUUCAUUAAACAGUUCGUUAAAUCUGAAAAUGUUAGAAUUCCUCGUCGAUAAUGGAGCGAAUGUUAAUGCUGAAUUUUCAAGUGGAUUAUAUGAAGCACUUCGUUGUUCUUCGCCUGAUGUUGUCGAGUACUUAUUGGAACUAGGGAAAUAG